CACAGAUUGAUCUCAUCUCUCUCCCACGAACACUAUCUCGAGAGAUGAAGGGGGAGAAUUUGAAAAAUUUCAAAUCAUUCUUCGAGUAGAUACGACGUGGACUGCGCCAUUGGCAUCUAAGGACUUACUCAAUGCUGAUAUCGCCCUCAGCACCGACAUCCCCGAUGCCUGCCCGAUACCUACGUGAAUCCCGCCGUGCAACCAUUGGAGCAACGCAAUCAUGGAUCCUAGCCGAUCUUCUUUCUCAUUUCUCCACCGAGUCUCAUUCGCUCGAUCCGUGCACGCUUCAGCUCAUUUUUCCUAGAUGUGGCUUGUUCCCGGUGGGGUUUGAAGGUCCAUGGUGACGCUUAGUACAACAUGACUACGCCUGGACAUAUUUUAAAUGCGCUCUUCUCCCCCGUCGGUUUCCUGCUUUCUUUUCUGUCUUCAGUGUUAGCUAUCUUGAUACCCUCUAGUGUUUAAUUGACUCGCUUCCUUUGUUUCCCUUUUCUCUUUUUUCUAUCCUGCAGCGGAACAAAUAACUUAUAUUCACAAUGGUCAAGGCUCUUUCUUUCAUCGUCUUGGCGGCUGCUGCCGUUCUGCCUGCCUCUGCUAUCAAUGCCGAUAAUGCGGGUACCUGUGCUCAAAUGUGCACCAACAACAUGAACAACAAGGCCUCCGAGUUGGGUUGCAACCCUGGUGACCACGCCUGUCUUUGCACGAAGCCCGACUACCAGUACGGAAUCCGUGACUGCACCAACGAGGCCUGUCCUGGCGAGGACGCUGCUCAGGCUGUCGCCAGUGCCCUCCAGGGUUGCCCUACUACUUUCCCUGCUGGGGGCUCUGCUACGGCCACCGCUACAGGCACCGGCGCUGAUACUACCGUCGCUUCUGUCAGUGCCACGGCUACCGGCACCGAUGCUGGCUCUGGAUCUGGUACCGCUACCGGCACUGGACUCACUACCCUGACCGGUACUGGUGCCACUGGCACGGAUUCUGGCGCUGCCUCUGCAACUGGCACUGGAUCUGCAUCUGGCACUGGAUCUGCAUCUGGCACUGGAUCUGCAUCUGGCACUGGAUCUGCAUCUGGCAGUGGCAGCACCAGCACCAGCACGGGCGCUGGCGCUGGCGCAGGAGCGACCACUAUUGGUACUGGCGCUACCACCUUCGUUACCUCUGGCACCUCUGGCUCUGGUUCCGAUGCGACCUCGACGGGAGCAGGAUCUGGCUCCGGCUCCGGCGCUAGCACAACCUCUGGCUCUGACUCUGGCUCUGGAUCAGGAGAAUCCAGCUCUACUGCCACGGACGCCGGUUCUGGCGCCGCAACCUCGACUUCCUCUCACGACGCCGCAUACCCUGCUGCUACUCUUGCUGGCGGCGCUAUUGGCGCUGGUGUCAUCGGACUUGCCGCUCUCAUGCUGUAAUGAGGGGAACAGACAUCGACAUGUCUGUGCGGCUUGGAAGGAGACUGGAUGUGGUCCAGUUGUAUGUAUGAGUAUGAACCUUCAUAUGGAUAAUUAACGAUACGGCGUCAUUGUAUUGAUCGAUUGGGAGGCUGUACUGCCGCGCGA